AUGGGCAAGGACCUGAAGACGAUUUUUUUGUUUGAUGUGGAUGGAACACUUUCUGAAUCCAGAGCCAAGAUAUCUAAGAAGAUGUUGGAUAUGCUCAAGUCAUUAAGAAACAAGGUGUACAUUGGAUUUGUCGGCGGAUCUGAUCUUGAUAAGCAGAAGGAGCAAAUCGGAGAAGACGUCCUUGACAUAUUCGACUAUGGUUUUCCAGAGAAUGGAGUGAGCUUCUACAAGAACGGAGCAUUAUCAUCACAGAAGAAGAUUAUCGAUGUGAUUGGAGAGGAUUUUUACAAGGAGUUUGUGAAUUUUGUGCUUGAAUACCUGAGCAAGAUGGAUAUUCCAAUCAAAAGAGGAACAUUCAUUGAAUAUCGCAACUCAAUGAUCAACAUCAGCCCUAUUGGAAGAAAUUGCAGCAGAGAAGAGAGAAAUGCAUUCUUUGAUCUUGAUAAGAAAGAAGGCCACAGGCAAAAGAUGGUUGAAGCAAUGCAAUCACGAUUCAAAAAUGGAAAACUUGUAUUUUCAAUAGGUGGACAGAUAUCGAUCGAUUGCUUCCCCGCUGGCUGGGAUAAGACAUACUGCCUACAACACAUCAAUGGAGAAGGCAUCAGCAACAUCUACUUCUUUGGAGACAUGAUCAUGAAGGGAGGGAAUGACUAUGAAAUAUACAGCCACAAGGAUGUCCAUGGAACAGGAGUGAAGUCUCCAGAAGACACAUAUGAAAAAGUGAAGCAGAAGCUAAAAGAGUUGAAUCUUGGGGAUAUGUAG